AUGUUCUCCAGAAGAAGAGGAGCGACUUCUUCAGACAAGAAACCAAGAAAAGAGAAGCCUACAGCGGGCGCCCACGAGCUCUUCUUGGAAUACGAGGGAUUCCUCGCACCAUCAAAACCGCCCCCCGGCACGCCUUCAGCGCUUCUACCAACACCUUCUACACCUUUGACAUACGGAGAACACAGCGGACACAGACUAGAGCUGUCAGAAGAUACAUUGAGGUCCUCAACGGCGUCGCAUGGGAAACCGCGCAAAAGCUUUUCCGGGGUUGGCGAUGCCAACGACGAAUUACGAUCACAGCCCAAGAGGACUCCAUCGCAGCGCACGAAGAGCUUCCUCUCUUUCGGCAAAACGGCGUAUGGAGAGCCAAGCCAUAACAUACACAAUUUCUCGAGACCAGGCCCCAAUUAUAUCGUGGAGAAAGAAGCGCUUGCUCAGUCCAAAACGUCAGGCUGGCUUCGACGCUGCAUGAGUACGAGCCUGAAGCAUCGCCCUUCUACACCAUCUUCGUCAAUGACAUCACCGCCUCCAUAUGAUGGAUCGUUGGUUUUCGAGGACGGUGACUUCACUGCUUUGCCAGCAAUGCCAGGCUGUGCUAUCGAACUGGAACCAUCGAAACCGUCGUUAAACCUCGCCAGCGGAGCAGCGGCACGAGCAGCAGCAGCCGCGCAGAAUGAGAUCCUGGACUCCAUGCGAAACAUCACACUGGCAGAACCGCACCUUACAAGAGACUCAGAGAGUGGAGUGGGAAUCGAGGUUCGGGAUGGCGGAGAGACAAUGGCCGAAUUCGACUUUGAUAUUCCGGUCGUUCGUCAAGAUCCUCUAUCUGCUCUUCCACAGGAACUCGUUGGACAUAUACUUUCUUAUUUGGAUGCUAGCUCGUUACUAAAUGCAGAGCUGGUCUCGCACGAUUGGCACCAGUCAGCUAGCUCUCGCCAUGUUUGGAAGGAUGUUUUUCAUUCAGAAUUCCAGGACAUAUCCCAAAGGAAUACGACUAUGGCAGGUAAUGGCCGAGGCCCAGGCCUUGGCAAAGUGUUUUCUUGCCAAGAGUGGAAAAGCAUGUGGCGAGCUCGAAAGGCACUACAGCAGCGCUGGAACGACGGAUACGCGGCUGCUAUCUAUCUCGAAGGCCAUACUGACAGUGUCUACUGCGUCCAAUUCGACGAGGAUAAGAUUCUUACAGGUUCCAGGGACAGGACAAUUCGGAUCUGGGAUGCUCGUACCUAUGAGUGCAUCAAGGUACUAGGAGUGCCUAGCAGAGGUGCUGGAUCCGCAGUACCUCCACUCCCAGCAGAUGUGGCAGAUCGAGGCCAAAGACCGUUCGCGAAGGUCUUCUCGUCUCAAUCCAUUGUUGAACCUGAGCGCACCGCUCCUUGGCUCUUCAUGUACCACAACGGAUCAAUCCUGUGCUUGCAAUACGAUGAUAAAAUCAUGAUCACCGGAUCAUCCGACUGCACCUUGAUCAUUUGGGACAUCAAAGCCGGUUAUCGGCCCAUGCGACGGCUCAGAGAGCAUACAGCCGGCGUUCUCGAUGUUUGCUUUGACGAAAAGCACAUCGUAUCAUGCUCGAAAGAUGCGACUGUCUGUUUGUGGGAUCGCAGCACUGGUGAACUUAUGAAGAAAUUGAGUGGGCAUCGGGGGCCAGUGAACGCAGUGCAAUUGAGAGGCAACCUUGUAGUAUCUGCAAGCGGUGAUGGCAUCGCAAAGCUGUGGAACCUAACGUCCGGUCUCUGUAUCAAGGAGUUUCCCAGCAAAGACAGAGGUAUGGCUUGCGUGGAGUUCAGUCCCGAUUCUCGAACCAUCCUAGCUGGUGGAAACGAUCAGGUCAUUUACCAAUUCGACACAAGCACUGGCGAGCUGGUUCGCGAAAUGAAGGGUCACGAGGGCUUGGUUCGGUCUUUGCAUCUCGACAGCGCCAGUGGUAGGGUCGUCAGUGGCAGCUACGAUACCAGCGUGAAAGCCUAUGACAUGCGGAGUGGUGAAAUGAUCGUCAACUUUACCAAAUGGACAUCGAGUUGGAUACUGAGCGCCAAAGCAGACUACAGGCGCAUUAUUGCUACCAGUCAAGAUAGCCGGGCUGUGAUAAUGGAUUUUGGAUAUCGGCUUCCUGGCAUCGAAUCGUUGGAGGCCUAA